AUGGCUCCAAAGGCAGAGAAGAAACCCGCAUCCAAGGCUCCAGCUGAGAAGAAGCCAGCCGCCAAGAAGACUGCCUCUUCUGGUGAGCCAAAGAAGAAGUCCAAGACCAGAAAGGAGACCUACUCUUCUUACAUCUACAAGGUGUUGAAGCAAACCCACCCAGACACCGGUAUCUCUCAAAAGGCCAUGUCUAUCAUGAACUCUUUCGUCAACGACAUUUUCGAGAGAAUCGCCACCGAGGCUUCCAAGUUGGCUGCUUACAACAAGAAGUCCACCAUUUCUGCCAGAGAAAUCCAAACCGCUGUUAGAUUGAUCUUGCCUGGUGAGUUGGCCAAGCACGCUGUCUCUGAGGGUACUAGAGCUGUCACCAAGUACUCUACUGCUGCUAACUAA